CUGUGUACUCGUUUAAAAUAAUAGCAAAUAAUUGUAUAAUUGAAAAGAAAUCCCAUCUUUCCCAAUUCUAUCGUAGGAUACUUCCUUUUCCGGUUUGGUAGACACGAUGGUGCUCAAAAUUCGUAAAGUCGAAAUUGGGCGUGUUGCCUACAUUGCCUAUGGGGAUGACAAAGGAAAACUCUGUGUGAUUGUCGAUGUGAUAGACCAAAACAGGGUUCUGAUCGAAGGUCCAUGCACAAAUGUAACCCGUAAGCAGGUCAAUCUGAAGGCCCUCCAGCUCACACAGUUUGUGUUGAAAGUGCCCCGAUCUGGCAGGCAGAAAGUGGUGCGCAAAAUGUGGGAGAAGGAAAAUAUCAGCAAAAAGUGGAGUGAAACAAUCUGGGCCAAGAAAAUUGCAAAUAGAGAAAAGAGGGCCACCCUCACAGACUUUGACAGAUUCAAACUGAUGAAGGCCAAGCAAGCUAGAAACCGCCUCAUCAACACAGAGUUUGGCAAGUUGAAAAAGGCUGCAAAGAAAGCUGCAAAGAAAUAAACUGUAUGAUAGUAAAUAAAUGUCAUCCCUUGGCA